GGGGCCGGUUUGAGGUUUUGAACCAGUUAGGUGGUGGACCGAUGGAAGACGAAGCUCGCAUGUACCGGUUAAAUGGCGUUGCGCAUGUGGCUGGAUACAUUGACCAAGAGCCUACUAGGGUUAUUAGCGGUGUCAGGAGACAACAGAAUAUGCCUUUACACGACUGGAUUAUACUGUAUCUGGAGACCGCAGGCUUGUAUCACUUGGUUAGGCUGAACAGUCAGUGGUUCUGGGUUGAUGAGCCUCUACUUAGCGCAUUCAUUGAGAGGUGGUGUCCUGAGACCCACACCUUUCACAUGCCCUUUGGGGAGUGCACUAUCACUUUGCAAGAUGUGGCCUAUCAGCUGGGUUUGCCCAUCGAUGGGGAGCCCGUUAGUGGGUGCCUGACUGACUUUGAGAAUCUGAUGGAAAACGGAAGACCUGCAUGUGUGUGGUUUUGCGAGUUGUUUGGGGAGUUACCUCUGCAGAUUAAAGUCAAGCAGAUGAUAGUGUGCUACACAUGGUUCCAUGAGAGGUUUCGGGUUCUCCUAGCAGAUGCUAGUGAAGAGACCGUGCGUAUAUACGCGCGUGCCUAUAUUAUGAUGUUGUUGUCCUCUCAGCUGUUUGUAGACAAGAACGCAAAUCGGAUUCACCUUCGGUGGUUGCCUUAUUUGGCAUCGAUGGAUGACUUGAGUCGAUAUAGCUGGGGCUCGGCUGCACUGGCCUGGUUGUAUAGAUGUCUUUGUCGUGGGACAAACAGAAACGUUGUUAACUUGGCCGGGCCACUACAGCUUCUACAGUCUUGGAUUUUCUGGAGGUUUCCCAGUUUGAGGCCUAGUAGUUUUGAUGUGUUUGGGUUUCCGCUUGCAUCCAGGUACGGUUUAUUAUUUUCGGUACAAAACUUGUUCGAUUACAUGUGUUGUUGUUCGUUAUGACAUGCUUUGAAUGAAACUUGUAGGUGGGCAACAUAUCUACCGAGAAACGAUACAAUGGAUCAAAGAGUGGUGGCUGCACGCCUUUCUUUAGAUAGAUUGCGUUUUCAUGAUGUGAGUCGUUUAGUUAUUGCUCUUACAAGUAGUCGUUCGUGUUUACUCUUAUGGUCUUACCUAACAUUACCUUCUCCGAUACAGUUCAUGUGGGAGCCUUAUUCUUCUCCCGAGGUUGUUGCUGUUGUUCAUCCGGAGAUACUAGUUGACGAGCACCGUAGGCUAUGGACGGCAGUCACUAGCCUGAUAUAUUUUGCUGCGAUUGAGUGGCAUCAGGUGGAUAGGGUGAUACCGUAGUUCGGCGGUGUUCAGCAUCUCCCUCAGUUGGCUCUGAACAUAGAUUGGCUCCAUGCGAAGGAUGGAAGGGGUGGAGAUCGAUAGUUCCCCAGAUAUUAUCAGGAGUGGCAUUUACAUUGGGAGAACCGGGUUGAUUCAGUCAUACCAGUCGAUCGAGUAGCUGACCUCGGUCCAUCAGCUGAGUACUUGGACUGGUGGUGCCAUGUGGCCCACAGAUUCCUAUCCUCAGAUGUUGCAUUUCAUGAUCCG